AUGCCACAGGACAGGACCCUCAAAGCAGGUCUGUUUCCCCAGAAGGCACACUUGUGUGAGGUGUGUGGGCCCAUGUUGAGAGACAGUUUGCACUUGGUUGAACACCAAGAAACACAGCACAGGCAGAAACUGCACAUGUAUAGGGCAUAUGGAAAUCGAUUUCAUCUCACUGCAAACCUUUUAUCAGCAGCACAAGCAGCAUGUUGGAGAGAAACACUGCAGAAACAACAUCAACAGAGCCUUGUUUUUGAAGAGCUGCAAAUUCCAAGUGUCAGGGAACUCUUUUACCUUUCAGGAGGUCGUGAAGGACUUCCUGGGCAGCUCAGGACAUCUUCAGCAGCAGGCCCCUCACACCAGGGAGAAGCCAAACAGCAGAGCAGAGUGUGCGGUGGCCUUCCACACUGUAAAAAAUCACUGACUCGAGCACGUGAAAGCUUGGAGCCCCAAACACAGACUUGUUCAGCACCAGGGAGUCCUCACGAGGGAAAAGUCUUAUAUGUGCAGUUAAAAAGAACUCUACCUUCAAGGAGUAUUUGA